UCCUAGGUUCGGCCUGCUUUGAAGUUCCCGCCGACGUUCGGACGCAUCUUUCGAAUUGACCUUCACCGUGUUAAACCGAACUCUAAUUUCGACUCGCUGCGCUAACUACAGCUGACUCGCAAGAAAACACAACUGACUCCCCAAACAGUUGUUGACAUCGUGAGCUUAAAUCGCACUCAGCUGUAUCACGUUACAUCUCAUGGAAGUCGUCGAUCGGUUCGAUUUUAAGUAAUUCUGUCGCCCCUGUGGACAAUUGUUCUCUUUGAAAGCAACCGCAACACCUCUGGUCACCCUCUCAACUUUCUGCGCUUGCAGUAGGUUCCCUGAACGCAAGUUGAAACAUCUACCUUCAAUCUUGCAGUUGGUUUUCACUCGGGCCGAAAUAUGAGUCCUGGUGUCUUGGUACCGCGCAACGCAGGUAUCAAAAUUCGUGGUGUUGAGGAUGAGCCUCCGCUUGUUGACGUGCCCGCCCCAGACAAGAGCAAGAUUGUGGUGGCGAGUCAAUAUUUAUUUCAACAUGACCUUGAAGCUGUUGGAAUGAUGGACGAACGCGACGUUCAGGGUCGCCUGCAGGGCAUCCAAAUCAUUGAGGCCAGUAGGAAAUGUCUAAGGAUGCCAAUGAAGACAUAUGGGACAGCCUGCGUAUUCUUCAUGCGCUACCGCUAUCACAUCGCUACCAAGGGAGUAGAUGAUGAGAUUGCGGGCCGAUACGACUUUAGGGAUGUAGCCCUUGCAUCGUUAUGGCUCGCCUCAAAAGCGGAGGAGACACCCAAGAAGUCGAAAGAAAUUCUUUGUGCAUUUAGAAACAGCACUCUUCAGCCUGAGGAGCAUCUUACACCGGACGAUGAGAUGUUUGAGAACCAAGCAAAACUUAUGAUUAAUCUUGAACGAUAUUUGCUCGAGAUUGUGGCAUUCGACUUUCGUGCCCGAAAUUGCGCUGAAUUACUGGCAGGCGUUAUGGUUGAUCGCGAUGCAACAGGGAGGGUCAUUAAAAUUGCUAUGGCUGUUGUCUUGGACAUUUACCGAACACUUGCGGUACUCAAACAAACAAGGCAAACUCUUGCGCUGAGUUGCUUUGAGUUGGCUGCUCGUUUUGUGCAGUCCGAGGAAGAUAUUGGCAAAGCGACGAACGAAGAAUUAUACGUUCGACUCGGAACUACUCGACAGGAAGUUCUAGAAACACUGUUUGAUCUGAUUGAACUAUACUUGAAUCAUCACGUUGUCACAGCGGCUGGAUCGAAGUACACCAUCAAUGAUUUUAUGCGCGUGAGCACCGCUCUGCGUUCUGAAAUGAAAACAAAAGGUUAUUCGAGAUAUACUUAUUUACAAGAACUACCGCCAUCAAGCUCGCCAACAACAUCACCCGCACACACAGACGCGAAGUCGACGCCUACAUUAUUAGGAACACCCCGAACACCAGUGAACCGUGACAUUGACCGACGCGAAUCUCUCAAGAAAAGACUGAGUCCCAAAGAAAAUAGCAAAAUCUUCGUAGAUGAGCGUGAUAUCGAAAUAGGAAAACCUGUUUCUCCCCCACCUUCAUUCCUUCUCACACGUGAGAGUAAUGGAUACGGAACUCAAUCGCCAACAUCUCCCACAAGUCCGACCACUGCAGAAGCAUCAAACCCCGAUGACCCAUCUCAGGUUAAGGAAGUCGUACGAUUUGUCCUUGAUGCAUCACGGGCUCGUGAUGAAGAUCUCCUCCGAAGGCCUUUCCAUCAUAUCGAAACAGUUGAAGUUACGCAACAAAGGGAUGUAUGGAUACCGAAUGAUGGAAGUGCGCAAUUCGAAAUCACCUCAACUAGCCCUGCGAGCCCUCCGCAUAUGGGAAAGAUGAGGAAUGGAGAUGUGGAGAUGAGGGAUGCCCCAGCUGUUUCAGCGCCAAGUAGGUCUCGCACUUUCCGAGAUAUACGAUAUCUGGGCCCGAGGUUUGAUCAAGAUCGUGAUCGUGAGCGAGAUGACCGAGGUGAUCGAGAACGGGAUCGAGAACGGGAUCGAGAACGGGAUCGAGAACGGGAUCGAGACAGGGAGAGAAGACGGACGCCACCACCUAGCAGAAUGUAUGGGCGAGACGAGCGUUACGGAAGAAGAGAUGAUCGGGGGUGGUAGUACAUGCUGUAACUAAGAUGUGAAAAAAUUUUUUCCUUGCCGUGGUAUUCCAACUGCUUAGGCUUAUCUCUUCCCUACAACUUCCAUAUGGUCACGCCAGCAGCCGUUAUUCUAAACAAAUAAAUUUCGAGCGUGAUAUUUGGUACCAGAACCA